GUGGUUCUUCAACACAUGCCAAAACCGUUCCUCACAACCUGUGGUACCAGAGCAUCUUGGGUGUGUGACGAUGGAAGAGUUGGAUGCCUUGUUGGAGGAACUGGAAUACUCCACCCUCCAGGAGAGUGAUGAAUACUCCAACACAGCUUCUCCUGCCCUGGAUCAGCGUUCCAGAAAGAAGAGUAACCAUGCUGAGACCUCAAGUGCCCCUUCCAUUCCGGAUGACUCAAGUCCCUUUCCGGUGCAGCUCGUGUAUACUACCAAAAUCCAGGAGCCCCAUGUCCACAGUGAGGUCCAGGAGCCAAAGGAAUCACCACCACCUCCUAAAACCUCAGCAGCUAUGCAGUUGGAGGAGCUGAUGGCCCACCUGUGUGAAAUGCAGACCCAGGUUACAGUGAAAGCAGAUACAAGCAAGAAACACUUACCAGACAAACAGGAUCACAAGGCCUCCCUGGACUCAAUGCUGGGGGGUUUGGAGCAGGAACUGCAGAACCUUGGAAUUGCGACAGUGCCCAAGGGCCAUUGUGUUUCCUGCUGGAAACCGAUUGCUGGAAAGGUGAUCCAUGCUCUAGGGCAAGCAUGGCAUCCGGAGCACUUCGUCUGUGCUCACUGCAAAAAGGAGAUUGGCUCCAGUCCCUUCUUUGAGCGGAGUGGCUUGGCCUACUGCCCCAAGGACUACCACAACCUUUUUUCUCCACGCUGUGCUUACUGUGCUGCUCCCAUCCUGGAUAAAGUGUUGACGGCCAUGAACCAAACCUGGCACCCAGGGCACUUCUUCUGUGCUCACUGUGGAGAGGUGUUUGGUGAAGAAGGCUUUCAUGAGAAGGACAAGAAGCCGUAUUGCCGGAAGGAUUUCUUAGCCAUGUUCUCACCCAAGUGUGGUGGCUGCAACCGCCCAGUGUUGGAAAACUACCUUUCAGCCAUGGACACUGUCUGGCACCCAGAGUGCUUUGUCUGUGGGGACUGCUUUAGCAGUUUUUCUACUGGCUCCUUCUUUGAACUGGAUGGACGUCCCUUCUGUGAACUCCACUACCAUCACCGCCGAGGAACCCUUUGCCACGGAUGUGGGCAGCCCAUCACUGGUCGCUGCAUCAGUGCCAUGGGCUACAAGUUCCAUCCUGAGCACUUUGUAUGUGCUUUCUGCCUGACGCAGCUGUCGAAGGGAAUCUUCAGAGAGCAGAAUGACAAGACCUACUGUCAACCCUGCUUCAAUAAGCUCUUCCCACUGUAAUCUCAGCUAUACCUACACCCUCUUCUGAUUUGCUAUAAAAUUUAAACCAAGAGAGGAUAGAGUACAUUUGUACUUACUGACCUUCUGCUGAAUAGGCUUACAG